CCCGACGCGUACUCCGAUCCCCAGGGUCAACAUUACAAUGGCCGUUGUAUACAUAGUUUAUAUACGAUGUUCCAGUUACGAAUCUCUAAGGAUUUUCUGACACCGGCAGUCAGGAAUUGUCAUGGCGCGUGUUGACACGCAUUACCUCCAUGCAAUUUCGUUAAAGCCAAAAAGUGCUAAUUACUGUAAUUUUUUACUUCUUAUAGCUGCAACAUCUUUCUUUUCUAUUGCGUAUUUUGUUUUGAGAAAACCUUUAGAUACAUUAGGCGACCCGUCAGAUCAAUUUGUAGUUAAAAAUAUUCCCAAGAGGUAUACGAAAUUGGAAGGCAUAGAUCCUGAAGAAAGAGAGGUAUUUCAAGGGUUUCAGACAUCUUUCCUUCCUCAUGAGGAAAUAAUAUUCUCUCAGCGAGAUACAAAUACUAACAGUGAAAUUUAUAACGGUAAUGUCACAAGUGAUAUAAUUAUAUGGGAUGAUGAAGAAAGACAUCAUCACGUUCCGACAAGGUUUAAAAGGAAAAGUCAAUUUACAUUUACGUCUUCAGAUUACGGUUUAGAAAAUCCAAUUUACAAAAAAACACAAAACGAAGAAAAUGAAGAAGAAGACGCAGAAGAAAAUGUGGGAGAAUCUGAAAUUGAUUAUGAAAGUAAGUCUAAUGAACAAUAUGAUGAAGAAGGGAAUUUACAAAGUGUUGUUCAUCCGGAAAUAUAUGUGGAUCGUGGUCCACUUGAUGACGUAGAACAAGUCCGUCGUCAACCAGAGCUAGAAGAAGCAGAGAUGGGCUCUGCUGCACAUAUGUAUAAGCCAAUCAAACCUCACUCAGGUAUCCAUUCCUUUUGGAAAAUACAAGGUGACAGGGAGACUAUUCGACAUACGCAAGCAAGUAUAAUGAAACAGUAUAUGGACAAAGAAGCAGAUCCUUGUCAUGAUUUUUAUCAAUAUGCGUGUGGAAACUGGCCAGCACUCAACCCUAUUCCAGCCGAUAAAGCUGGUUACGAUACGUUUGAGAUGUUAAGAGAAAAUUUAGAUCACGUUCUCAAAGAACUUCUGGAAUUCCGGAAAAAUGAAUACGUACCAACUAAUUUUCCAGGUCCACAUUUGGAUUUAAAGGAUAAUUUUCUGACAAUUACACAACCUUCAAUUUGUUCAAGCAAUCUCGAUAAAAAGCAAAUCGAUGAUUUCCUAACGAAUUCUAAAGAAAUUUCGAAAUCAGCUGAAAUAAAUAAUUUUAAUAAUAGCAAAUCUGAAAUAAUAAACCGCAUCCGUAGAUAUUUAGAUAGAAAAUCAAAACAAAUAAAUAAACCGUUAUCUAAAGUAAAACAUAAAUUACACGAUCAUCUUAUUAAAAAUAAACAUAAUACGAACAAAUACUUACGUAGACAUAGAAGAUAUUAUAACACUAAAAGAUACGAGAAACGUACUCGUCGCAGACCUCUUGAUAAUGAUAUCAAAAUUAUUGCUAAACCACUUAAAAGAGUGAAAAGAAAAGAAAGUAUUGACGAAUUUGUUUCGAUAUACGACUCGACAGACAAAAAAAAUCUUGAUCCGGCCAAUGGUGAUGCCGCUUUGAAAGCAAGAUUUCUAUUUAAAUCUUGUAUGAAUCAUGAUAUAUUACAUGCAAGAGGACACCUACCUCUUUUAGAUCUAUUGGAUAUUCUGGGUGGAUGGCCGAUUUUAAAAGCUAAUUGGAAUGCGGAAAAAUUCGAUUGGUUAGAGCUCAUGGCAAAAUUGAGAUUGUUCAAUAAUGACAUAUUAAUAUCGGAAUGGGUUGGACCAGAUAUUAAAAACUCUGACGAGUUUGUGAUACAAUUUGACCAAACAAGCUUAGGCUUACCCACAAGGGAUUAUUUUCUGCAAGAAAGUAAUAAGGUUUAUUUAGACGCUUACAAGACAUACUUAAUAAAAGUUGCAUUAUUACUCGGAGGACAACUUGAUCAUGUAAAGGCUGACGCUGACAAACUAAUUAAUUUUGAAAUCAAAUUAGCUAAAAUAACUUCCGCGCCAGAAGAUAGGCGCAACGUUUCAGAGCUAUACCGUCGUAUGACACUUGCGAAGCUCGAAGGGUUAGUUCCUCAGGUUGAUUGGAGGAGAUACCUAUGCAUUGUGAUGAAUAGAACUGUAGAGUCUCAAGAAACCGUCGUCCUGUUUGCAUUAACCUAUGUACGACACUUAGUUCAAUUGAUAGAGAAGACGGAUCCGGACACUUUAUCAAAUUACCUGCUGUGGCGUUUCGUGAGGCAUCGUGUGAAUAACCUGGAUGAUCGCUUCCAAUCUGCGAAACAACAGUUUUACUACAUUCUAUUUGGCCGAGAGCAAGCCCCGCCACGGUGGAAGAACUGUAUAUCCCAAGUCAACUCUAACAUGGGAAUGGCGUUAGGAUCAAUGUUUGUGAGAAAACACUUUGACGAAAUGAGCAAAAAUGACACUCUCACGAUGACAAGAGAAAUACAACAGGCGUUCAGAGAACUGUUACAUAUGACAAAUUGGAUCGAUGACGAGACAAAGAAACUGGCAGCGCAUAAAGUAGACACAAUGAUGCUUAGAAUAGGCUAUCCAGAUUUUAUAUUGAAAAAGAUUGACUUAGACGAUCGUUACAAGGAAGUAAAAAUACACCCAGAUAAAUAUUUCGAAAACAUAUUAAAUAUAUUGCGGCAUCUGACUAAAAUGGAACAAUCGCGUAUCGGUCAGCCAGUUAACAAGACGCUAUGGAAUACAGCACCAGCUGUCGUGAACGCAUACUACAGUCGUAACAAGAAUCAGAUUAUGUUCCCAGCGGGUAUUUUGCAACCACCAUUUUAUCACAGACACUUUCCAAGAUCUCUGAAUUUCGGUGGUAUAGGUGUAGUUAUCGGACAUGAAAUAACCCAUGGUUUUGACGACAAAGGCCGUUUGUUUGACUGUGAAGGGAAUCUUCAUCGUUGGUGGUCGGACUCUGCGAUAGAAGCCUUCCAUCAUCGCGCACAAUGUCUUAUUGAUCAAUAUGGUCAUUACAUUGUCCCUGAAGUCAAUAUGAAGUUGGACGGUAUUAACACACAAGGCGAGAAUAUAGCUGAUAAUGGCGGUGUAAAACAAGCUUUUCACGCUUACCAGCACUGGCUACGUCACCACGACUCUGCUGAUGAGACGCUACCAGGACUAAACUACACACAUACACAGCUCUUCUUUUUAAACUUUGCGCAGGUGUGGUGUGGAGCAAUGCGUCCAGAAGCAAUGCGUAAUAAAUUAAAAACAGCUGUUCAUUCACCAGGCAGAUUCAGAGUGAUAGGAACUCUAUCGAAUUCCCUUGAUUUCGCACGAGAGUUCCAUUGUCCACCAGGUUCCCCAAUGAAUCCUGUUAACAAGUGUAGUGUUUGGUGAUUAAAUGAAACUAUUUAUAUUAAUCCCUAGCAAUUAUUAAUGAACAUAAUUUAGACUCAGUGAAAGAUAUAGUACGAUAACUAAGGCGCUUUAAUAUAGAUCAUUCAAAUUAAAUUCGAUGGUCAUGACAUGAAAUAAAGCAUCUAGCAAAAAGUUUUACGAGAAUCUUUCUAAGUGGAUUUAUCUUAGUUGUUUAUUCAAGAUUCGCUUAUUAAGCAUUUUUGGCGCGGUGGGAAUUGCCACAAAUGUCGUGCCAAUGCUCGCCUGCCAUUAGCGUUAUUAAGAAGUUACCAAAAAGAUCGUCACGAUAGCCAGUUUUCAAGAAUUAAAGUUGAACGAACUGCUUAAAAUAGUAUGUUAGUUUUAGAGUACCCUAUACAUCGAUAUUUCGACUACUAAUUUACACGUGCGUUGCGACAGUUGUUACGUCUAAUAACAAUAAGAGGCAUUAAGCGUAUCAUACUCGAUUUCCAUGGCAAAGCCAGGCCUAAAGUACUUCGUAUGGUGGCAUCACUUUUUUACUUUAAAACAGUUAAUAGGUGUCGUACGAGAUUUAUUUUGCCUCAUAACGCAAUUAGCGUGAUCAUCGAAAGCUAAUUAUUCAGGGACUAUUAGUCUUCUUGCCAUCAAAAUAAUUGAUUGUCACAAUUAGUAAUAAGCGAAGACGCGGGCCUGUAUAAUUUAUUUAUCGGAUAUACAUAAGUUUUUCAUAUAAUUGAUUUA